CGUUUCGCAAUUUCUGGGGGGACACGUUUCGCAAUCCAAACCAAAGUUGUGCUCACGUGUAUUAGGCACUACGUUGAGGCGUCGCAUUUGAGAAAGCUAAAGCUGAUCAAAACCAGAUAAAACUCUAACCCGAACCGAACAAAUGCAAAAAUUCCUCUUUAUUUAUUCAAUUGCCCAGUCCCCAAUCAUCUUCAUCCAUACCCCCAACCUAAUUUAGUCAUUCAUUCAACAUUUAUGUUGAUGGUGUGAAUUGUAUUAUAUUGUUAUAUGUCUAAUUAGAAGUAGAAAUUGGGAUCGCUGCAUGAAAGAGAAGAAAGGGGGAAUUGAGUAGAGAUAGGAGAGAAGAAAUUACAGAGCAGACGGAAGCUAAAACAUGUCUGCAAUUCUGUGUGGAAAGAGAUCUUUCUUUGAAGAUAUAGCUGCCUCUCCUCCUGUUACUAAAAGAAUUCGUUGUUCUUCUUCUUCUCCUGUGCGCUUCUCUUCUGUUUCUUCCAGUCUUUCUCCUCCUUCUUCGCAUAUCUUCGAUCAGCUCGCUGCUAUUUUCCCUCACAUGGACAAGCAGCUUCUUGAGAAAGUGCUUGAAGAAUGUGGAGACGAUUUGGAUUCGGCGAUCAGAAGUUUGAACGAGCUUCGUUUGGGCUCUGCCAAUGGGAACGAGGACUCCAAAGCCAACGUGCAGCUUCACCCGCAAGGUUCUGUAACAGCUAAUGAAGAGGUUCCACCUACCGAGGAUCCAUCUGCUUCGAAGGCCGUCCAACUGGAUGGUCAGGAGUGGGUUGAGCUUUUUGUUAGAGAAAUGAUGAGUGCUUCCAACAUUGAUGAUGCUAGAGCUCGUGCUUCUAGAGCCUUGGAGGCUUUGGAGAAGACCAUCUGUGCACGUGCUAGUGAUGAGGCUGUCCAAAGCUUCCAUCAGGAAAAUAAGAUACUAAAGGAGCAAGUGGAAGCACUUAUUCAGGAAAAUAUUGUUCUCAAGAGGGCUGUGGCUAUCCAGCAUGAACGUCAAAAGGAGUAUGAAGAUCAGGGCCAAGAAUUGCAGCACCUAAAGCAGUUAGUGUCACAGUACCAGGAGCAGUUGAGAACACUAGAGGUGAACAAUUAUGCAUUGACAAUGCACCUGAAGCAAGCGGAGCAAAGCAACUCCAUACCAGGGCGUUUCCACCCGGAUGUUUUCUAAUAAUUGUUUAUAAAUAUUGAAUUGGCGACAGAAUAUACAAAAUGCACCUUUUGGACACAACAGGAAAGUAGUUGUACUGAUGUUAUGAAGGGUGCGAAAGUUAGAAUUAUGUUGGACCUUUGGCGCAUUUUUCAUACAGGGACCCAUUGAUUUUCAUGUAUUAGGAGUAGGAUUUAUUAAUAACAUUUCAAACAUUGUUAAGUUGUUGAUAAUAUUGUUUCUGUAAUCAAUUUGAAGCGGACAUGAUACCCAUGGAUAUUUAUUUAUAUAGACUCUGCUUUAGUGGGUUCCA